AUGUCACCUAUUACUCCAACUAUUAGAGUAACAUUACCACAUAGUGUUGAACAUUUAAUUGUUGAUUAUCUAUUGGAAGAUGGUCAACACCAAAUGAAUGGUACUACUAGUAGUGUAUUGUAUGUAGAUUUACAAUAUGAUUUGGUUUGCAAGAGAUGGUUUAAUCGUGUAUCGAUGCAUAUGGAUAAUAGGUUAAAGGCUAAACUGAUACGAACAGACAACACCAUCUACUCAUUCCUCUCACAUAUUAUCAACCCGUCGUGCGUGUGGAAGAAUAUCAAGUUGUUGGAUUCGUCAUCGUAUGAUGACUACUUUGUCGGCUGCAGUAUGCUUCCCGAGACGAGUGAGCUGAACCGUCAGCUCAACGCCGCGCUGGUGCGCAUGCUGACAGUCACGUUGGAACGUUUGAUUGGAGACGUGGCUAUUGACCAAAUUACAAAGUCGGUGGCUUACCAAUACUUGCAAAUGCGUGAAAUGCCGUUGGAAUAUGAAUUGAAUAUAGAGUAUCUCCAACACCAACUUGGAAGAGACGCGGCCGCCAAACAGGCAUACGAAACAACCAUCAAAAAGUUAACUCGUCCACGUCAGAUAUCACUCUAUACAGCAACUCCAAUACCAUCUUUUAGUCGCCAGCGGCAGGCUCCAGUAGCUUUAAAACAUCCCGAAUCAUCUCGUGAUAUAAUACAAGACAAUAUUGACGGUCUAAAAAUACUGGCAUUGACCUCGCUGACCCUUGUCGUUCCGGCAGAUGGUGGGUUCCACGGAUUCAAUAGUGCUGCUUCCAACACAUUGCUCAUCACUCUGUUACGGUACUUGGUGUCGACCAAGAGACACUUGGGUUAUUUAGGAUUACAAUUUACAGGUGAAGUUCCAUCAACUCUGUUGGUUGAAUUCAACCAAGUGAUACGGGAUAUUUCGUGUAGUACACUAUUCAUGCCAAACACUAGUGCCGACUAUGCCGGCAAUACAGCUAUUCGUCAUCUCGUUAUUGACCAUAGCAGUAACACUAAACCACUCUUUGACCCAUCUCGUCUACCACCUCUCAACCUCCAAUCUCUAACAGUUCAAUGCGGAGACCAUACCAUUAAAAUGUUAGAGAAUGCCUAUCCAACCGAUGAAGAUGCACCACUAUUAGAGACUGUCAAUGUCAAUUUUACAAUGGGACAAAGACACCAAAUGCAACCAUUCCACUGGCUCUUGACAAACAAUGUCAUCAAGAAUCUAACAGUCACUGGAAUGGACACUCCAUACGCACUCAAGUUACUCACAGCACUUUACCAUCGAGCGUUGUCCUCUAAACCAACUCUUCCCAAUCUCGAGUUUGUUCAUUUGGUCUAUAUUAAUUUGAACAUUGAUUCCCCUCAACCACCAACUCUUCGUCUCCUUUUAGAUAAUCAUAACUAUCGACUCUCUACCCAAAGGAUUGGUGUCAUGACUCAUUUAUAUCUUUUUAACAAAUCAUCAAUUUAA